GACCCACAGUGCUCGGAUCCAGCGAGUUACUUGGCGCUCUUGCCCUCACCAGUUUGAAGUUUCAAAUCUUUCACGAUGUCGUAAUAGCUCCCUUCCCAAGAAAACACCACCGCGUGAAUAAAAAUCCUAGGGUUUUGCAGAUCACCGUCGAAAUCUCCCAUCUCCUUCUCCCAUGUCUGAUUCUCCUCGGACUCGCAUCGAUCAGUUUUUUGCGUCGAGGAAGAGGAAAUCUUCGUCGCCGAAUUUGAAGUCGGGAAGGAUCGAAAAAGAUGCAAGAAGCAAAGUAGUUGAAGGGUCCCCCAGUGCCAAAGGAACUUUGGAUAAUUACUUGGUGAACUCGAAGGAUGAUAACCGUGGGCGUGGUCUCUUGGUUAAAAGAAGCUUGGCAUUGGGGAUUGAUGAAGUUUUAAAUGAAGAAAAGGAGGAAUCUUUUGUGUCUGGUCGAUUGUGCGUGGGAAGUUGUGAAGGCGGCAAAGAGGUUCAGAAGGAAAUGUCUCAAGGUUCGUCCGAUGCAGGAAAUGUGGGAAAUAUUGCGGUUGAAAGGGUUGUGAAGGGUUGCUUGGAUCUGGGGAAUGGGGUGGAGAAUUCGGAACUAAAACAGUUUGCUACUGAUUUUUUGUCUCUGUAUUGUGGUGAACUUCAAUCAACUGCAACUUCACCUUCAAAGACAAAGUUGAAUGACCAUAAGCGAAAUGGUGGUCCAUUGCUAGUGGAUGUUGAUUAUAAAACAUCCAAAAAGAGGCUUUGCAUGUCCAAUCAGUUAAAUUCUGAAGUUGAAACCCCUUGUCCAAUCGAGAAGAAGCCAGAAGACAAGCAAUCUGCUUUUGUUGUUAAAAAUGGAGCAUCUGUUUUCAAUGCUUUUGGAGAGGUAGCUGUUGGUAAUGAUCCUGUUCAGCUUCAAGCAAGCUUGAGAAAAUGCAACAAAAUGGCUAACUCAACGGUAAAUAUGGCUGAAUGCUGUACACCAGGAUCAUCAAUUUGUAGAGAACGGGGUAGUGAUGGUCCCAAAUCUACACGUGGAAGCUCUAUCUUUUCACCAGGAGACGCAUUUUGGAAUGAAGCAAUUCAAGUUGCUGAUAGUUUAUUUUCUGAAGCUGACAAUCCUUUUGUCCAGGCAGUUGGAAAUAUCAUUAAUGGGAAGUCUGGCAACCUGUCACGGGAAUUGUUAAACAAAGCCGGCAGCAGAGGUUGUUCAUUGGAGUUUAUAAGGAAGCAUAUGGAAAAAGUAUCUCCACUGCCUGUCAAACAACUUGACUUACUAUUUGAGGACAGGAACUUGGAAGUUAGCACCCCACCCUGUGCUAAAGAUGAUUCAAAUGUGGACAGAAGCAGUGAAAUAUCUGAGCACGGUUCUAUUAAUCUAAAAAGCUUAAAAAAUGCGAAUAUUGUAACAUAUCAUCUCAAAGAUGAGCCAAGAGAAGAGAUGCAUAAAGAAGAGGAGAAAACAACUGUGGAUACAGAGACCACAAAGAAAGUGGAUUUGCCAAAUCAAGAUGCCGAUAGCAUUAUAUAUCAUUUGCCAGUUAAAGAAACCAGGAAUGUAAUUGAUAAUAAUGAGUGUGUUGAAGCUGGAACUCCUUCAAGUUUUGGGCCGCUCAAGGACCGGUUAGAUCUUAGCAACUGGCUUCCUCUAGAAGUAUGCAGCAUAUAUAAGAGGAAAGGAAUUUCAAAACUGUAUCCUUGGCAGGUUGAUUGCCUUCAGGUGGAUGGUGUUUUGCAGAGACGAAAUCUUGUAUAUUGCGCGUCUACAAGUGCUGGUAAAAGUUUUGUUGCGGAAAUUUUGAUGUUGCGGCGGGUUGUAUCAACUGGAAAGAUUGCGCUUCUUGUACUUCCCUAUGUAUCAAUUUGUGCAGAAAAGGCAGAACAUCUGGAGGGCCUUCUGGAACCUCUUGGUAAGCAUGUCCGGAGUUAUUAUGGCAACCAGGGUGGAGGAACACUUCCUAAAGAUACUUCCGUAGCUGUCUGCACAAUAGAGAAAGCAAACUCCUUAAUAAACAGAUUACUGGAAGAGGGUCGUCUAUCAGAAGUUGGAAUCAUGGUGAUAGAUGAACUACACAUGGUUGGUGAUCAGAGCAGGGGUUACCUUUUGGAACUUCUGCUGACAAAGCUUCGUUAUGCUGCUGGUGAAGGCAAUUCAGAAUCCAGCAGCGGAGAAAGCUCAGGUACAAGCAGUAAGGGUGAUCCUGCUCAUGGUCUGCAAAUUGUUGGGAUGAGUGCUACCAUGCCCAAUGUGGCAGCAGUUGCUGAUUGGCUUCAAGCAGCACUAUACCAGACAAAUUUCCGACCGGUUCCACUAGAAGAAUACAUUAAAGCUGGCAACACAAUUUAUGACAAGAAAAUGGAUAUUGUUAGAACACUUUCAAGAGCAGCUGACCUGGGUGGUAAAGAUCCAGAUCAUAUUGUGGAACUAUGCAAUGAGGUUGUUCAAGAUGGACAUUCAGUGUUAAUAUUCUGCUCUAGUCGAAAAGGAUGUGAAUCAACUGCGAGGCAUGUUUCAAAAUUUGUGAAGAAGUUUUCUAUUAACAUUCAGAAUGAGAGCGAGUUUGGUGAUAUUACUUCAGCCAUUGAUGCACUGCGAAGAUGUCCUGCAGGAUUGGAUUCAACGUUGGAAGAAACUCUACCUUCCGGGGUUGCCUAUCAUCAUGCUGGCUUGACGGUAGAGGAAAGAGAAAUUAUUGAGACCUGUUAUCGUAAAGGUCUUUUGCGCAUCUUAACUGCUACAUCUACCUUAGCUGCCGGGGUUAACCUGCCUGCUAGGAGGGUAAUUUUUCGACAACCCAGAAUUGGUCGUGAUUUCAUUGACGGGACAAGGUACAGACAGAUGGCUGGUCGAGCUGGUCGAACUGGAAUAGAUACUAAAGGGGAAAGUGUACUGAUUUGCAAACCAGAAGAGUUAAAAAGAAUUAUGGGACUUCUUAAUGAAAGCUGUCCACCAUUGCAGUCGUGUCUAUCUGAAGAUAAAAAUGGAAUGACACAUGCAAUUUUAGAAGUUGUGGCUGGUGGGAUUGUUCAAACUGCUAAUGAUAUUCAUCGUUAUGUUAGAUGUACUCUUCUCAAUUCUACAAAACCGUUCAGGGAUGUUGUGAAAUCAGCACAGGAUUCACUUAGGUGGUUGUGCCACAGAAAAUUUCUUGAAUGGAAUGAAGAUACUAAGUUAUAUGGCACAACACCUCUUGGACGUGCAGCUUUUGGCAGUUCUCUUUGUCCAGAAGAAUCACUUAUUGUGCUAGAUGAUCUUUCCAGAGCACGAGAAGGAUUUGUGCUUGCGUCCGAUUUGCAUUUAGUGUACUUAGUCACACCAAUCAAUGUUGAUGUUGAGCCGAACUGGGAAUUGUAUUAUGAAAGGUUUAUGGAAUUGUCUAUCCUUGAUCAGUCUGUUGGAAAUCGAGUUGGAGUUUCAGAGCCAUUUUUGAUGCGGAUGGCACAUGGAGCACCUAUGCGCAGCUUGAACAGAUCAAUAGAUAAUACAAAAGCCUUGCAUGCCAGCAAGUAUGAAAACCAAUCUGGGGUUACAAACAAAAGUGCCAUUUCAGAUGAUCAGACACUUAGGGUGUGCAAAAGAUUUUAUGUUGCUCUCAUCUUGUCAAGACUUGUGCAGGAAGCACCUGUACCUGAGGUGUGUGAAGCUUUUAAAGUUGCUAGAGGCAUGGUCCAAUCCUUACAAGAGAAUGCUGGAAGAUUUGCUUCUAUGGUUUCUGUGUUUUGUGAAAGACUUGGAUGGCAUGAUCUUGAAGGUCUGGUUGCGAAGUUCCAAAAUCGUGUUUCAUUUGGAGUGCGAGCAGAGAUUGUGGAGCUCACUAAUAUUCCAUAUGUUAAGGGUUCUCGAGCAAGGGCACUCUAUAAAGCAGGGUUGCGUACACCUCAAGCUAUUGCUGAAGCAUCUAUUCCUGAAAUAGGCAAAGCACUUUUUGAAUCUUCAUCAUGGUCUGCACAAGAAGGUUCAGCACAAAGACGCGUGCAAUUGGGAAUUGCGAAGAAAAUCAAGAAUGGUGCACGUAAAAUUGUACUUGACAAAGCAGAAGAGGCAAGGGUUAUUGCUUUUGCAGCAUUCAAAUCACUUGGAUUCAAUGUUCCACAAUUUUCUCCGCCUUUGUUAUCCAAUGCUCCCGAAAAUCUUGUUGAGCAAGGAAAUGCAGGUACCUUGUUUGGAGAUAAAUCUAAUAUCAUUUUGCAUGCGGACCAAAGAGAUCAUGCUUCAUCUAUGCUGUUUAUAGAAGGUAGCAAGAAUUCUGGUAAAGUUACAAUGGCAACCGGAGAAGACAAACUAAUGAAACCAGUCAGUGUUGGAUUGGUAGUUGCUGCAGAAGGAAACUCAAAUGGUCCCAUUCAGUGCUAUAUUGGUGCUGAAAAUUCUACAGUACCAGCUAAGAAAUCUUCAAAUCUUGGCACCGAGCUUUGUACUACUGGUGAUCAUAAGAAUAGUGCAGAAACAAUCCUCUCUGUACAAUUUGGACAUAGUGGUGAUGGAACUGGGACCAAUGACCGGAUCACUGAUACCAGAGUUCAGGGGCAGUGUAGUGGAGAGAAUUUAAGUAGUGAUAAAAAGGACAGUGCUUGCAAGAAGGGUCCUACUAAUGCAAGCAAUAUUUCUGGUGGAUUUGAUUCUUUCUUGGAUCUCUGGGAUGCUACCCAAGAAUUCUAUUUUGAUAUCCAUUAUAACAAGCGAUCAGAAGUAAAUUCUGUCAGCCUAUUUGAAAUACAUGGUAUUGCCAUCUGCUGGGAAAACUCUCCUGUGUACUUCAUCAAUCUUCCUAAGGACCUACUGUGGUCUCAUAAGCAAAGGAAUGAUUCAACUCCCAGUCAAUCUGGUGACAAAAAUAAUGUUCAACCACCUGAGAAUUGGUUGGAGAUAGUUCGGAAGAGAUGGAACAAGAUUGGAGAAAUAAUGGGAAAGAGAGGUGUCCUAAAAUUUACUUGGAAUUUGAAAAUUCAACUUCAGGUGCUCAAGGGUGCUGUAGUUUCCAUUCAGAGAUUUGGCUGCCCGAGUUUUCCAAGGAAAAUAUUCGGUCCUGAACUCAUAGACAGUUCGCACUUAACAUUAUCCCCUAUUAACAUUGAAGAAGCAAUCGACAUGUGCAUUGUGGCAUGGAUUCUUUGGCCUGAUGAGGAGAGAAGCUCCAAUCCGAACUUGGAGAAGGAAGUCAAGAAAAGGUUAUCAAGUGAGGCUGUGGCAGCUGCUAAUCAGAAUGGCAGGUGGAAGAAUCAGAUGCGAAGAGUUGCUCAUAACGGCUGUUGUCGCCGCGUUGCACAAACAAGAGCCCUAUGCUCUGGUCUUUGGAAGUUACUGACUUCUGAGGGACUCUUUGAAGCACUCAAGAACAUUGAAAUCCCGCUGGUGAAUGUUCUUGCUGACAUGGAGCUUUGGGGGAUCGGUGUUGACAUGGAGGGGUGCCUAAAUGCACGCACUGUGCUGGGGAAAAGGCUAAGGUAUCUUGAGAAGAAGGCUUAUAAGCUGGCUGGCAUGACAUUUUCACUGUACACAGCAGCAGACAUUGCAAAUAUUCUAUACAGACACUUGAAGCUUCCCAUUCCAGAAGGACACAAUAAGGGGAAAAAACAUCCUAGCACUGACAAGCAUUGUUUGGAUUUGUUAAGGCAUGAGCAUCCUAUUGUUCCAGUCAUCAGAGAGCACAGGACAUUAGCAAAGCUUUUAAACUCGACACUGGGAUCAAUCUGUUCACUGGCGAGGCUAUCUAUGGAGACUCAGAAGUACACACUACAUGGCCAUUGGCUCCAAACAUCAACAGCUACUGGUCGGCUUUCAAUUGAAGAACCUAAUCUUCAGUGCGUUGAACAUGCAGUUGAUUUCGAAAUGAGUUCAGAUAAAGAGGGGGAUGAUGCUGAACCUGAGCAUUAUAAAAUAAAUGCCCGUGACUUCUUUGUUCCUACUCAGGAUAACUGGCUACUGUUAACAGCAGAUUAUUCUCAGAUAGAAUUGCGACUGAUGGCACAUUUCUCUAAAGACACUGCAUUAAUUAAACUCCUUACCAAGCCACAUGGCGAUGUUUUCAACCUGAUAGCCGCACGAUGGACUGGGAAGCCUGAAGCUUCUGUCAGCUCAGUUGAGCGAGAUCAGACCAAAAGGAUGGUCUAUGGAAUUCUUUAUGGAAUGGGUGCUAACACUCUUGCUGAACAACUGGAUUGUAGCUCUGAUGAAGCUGCAGAAAAAAUUAAAAGCUUCAAAAGUUCUUUUCCUGGGGUUGCUUCCUGGCUCCAUGAAGCAGUUGCAUCUUGCCGUGAAAAAGGAUACGUGGAGACCAUUAAGGGAAGAAAACGGUUCUUGUCGAAAAUAAAAUUCGGAAAUAGUGAAGAAAAAUCAAAAGCUCAGAGACAAGCAGUUAAUUCUAUCUGUCAGGGAUCUGCUGCUGACUUAAUCAAGAUUGCAAUGAUAAAUAUACACUCUCUGAUUGUUGAUGGAGUUGGUAGGCCAGAGUCUAGCUCUUUACAUGCAAACAAGUUUCACAUGCUGAAGGGCCAAUGCCGAAUUCUAUUACAGGUACAUGACGAGCUAGUGCUGGAAGUCGAUCCAUCCUUGAUCAAUGAAGCUGCAGUGCUGUUACAAAUGAGCAUGGAAGAUGCUGCUUCUCUUCUUGUUCCUUUGCAUGUCAAACUAAAAGUUGGAAGAACCUGGGGCUCUUUAGAGCCUUUCCUUGCUGAUCAACACGUAAAUGAAGUUCUUAUGCCUGAAUCAUGAGGAACGAGUUGUUUGAUAAAGAAGUAAACAGUUGCGUGGUGUUAGAGGCGAAGAUUGUUGGCAAUUUGGACCACUAGAUUCCAGCUUCUAUAUUUAUGCUGAGCAAAAUGUUCCCCAAGGAGAUGGAAAAUUUUAUGAGCUCCACUUGAAUUGCGGUUUUGAAAUAAUAAGCCUUGACCUGAUGUUAUCUGGAAGGUUGAAAGAAGAAAUCACAGAGGUGCAAAGGAACUGCUUCUCCAAGGUGGGCAAGCUAAUGCGAUCACUAGAUAUAUUGCCUAUGUGUUUCACCAGAGGAUCAUCUUGGCUGCUGAUCCUGCCAGUGCUAGGAAAUCAUGAGCACAUAGCUAUUCCAAAUUCCUACAAGGUCAACUGCCAAGCAAUUGCUAACGUACUCAGUGUUGGAAUAGAAGUUUGGUUGAUGUCUUCUUUCAAAUGACAUUAUGUUUGGAAUAAAUGAAGGCCUUAAAUCUCUAAACUAGAUUCAUCAUAUGAGUUACGAAGUCAACCAACUUUGAUUGAUAUGGUGAUCACUCAAGUGGUUGGACUAGCUAUCAGGAGUUUAUCAUGGUGAAUGCCAAUAGUAGUAGAUAUCCAGUUGGGGUCUUCAGAUGCUUUCUUGGAGUAAAUAUUAUCUAGCAACAUUAUGCUAAACUUCUUCAAGCAUUUAGCAUGGUGAGCUGGGACAUUAGAGGAGAAGAGUGAACUGCAGGCUGAGGCAACAAAAUUGAGCAGCAGCAGGUUGAAGAUAUUAAACAUGUGAUGGAAUUAUAAACACGUGAUUCAUAUGUUAGUUGAAGUAAUCAGUUGCAGUUUGUUAGUUAGUUUAGAAGAUAAUAACGGCCAAGUUAGUUAUGACUGAAUGGCCAAUAGACCAGGUAGUCAUUGAUGAAAAAUUUGCAGAAAUUGCGAGAUCUUUCUCUCCUUUAUUUUCCUCUCUUUUCUAGCAACUUGUAAGGAAUCUUCUUACAAUUGGUAUCAAGGCCACUUUCCAAGGGUAAAGGAAGGUUGCUUUUGUUCCUAAGAUAUCAACAAUGGUGGAAAACAACAAGAUCAAGGCUUUAGAGGAGCAUGGUAGGAAGGUUGAUGAGCAUAUUCAACACCUACAAGAAAUUACAGAAGAGCAUGGCAAGAAGCUUGAUCAGAUCAACUCACAAUUGGAAGCCAUAAUGACUGUGUUGAAGGCUAACUGAGGAAGUCAGGAAACUGAAAGAGUUAACACCAUAACUGGAGGUAUUAUUCAAAGGGUGAAUCCGCGAGGAGAUGGGCUUAUGAAUCAAAGAGGAGAUUGUUUUGGUAACCAAGAAGCAGCACGAGUGGGACAUCAUAUGGCAAUGCCAAGGAUUGAUCUGUCAAAUAUCCAUGGAGAGAAUCCUAGGAGCUGGAUACGUAAGUACAACAAUGGGUUAGCAUCACUAUACUUGGAUGGUAAGGCAGAAAUUUGGUACAAAGGGUUCUUGUAUGGAGGAGAAAAUUUAGCAAGCUAGGAGGAGUUUACAAAAGCUUUGUGUAUAAGAUUUUGCAAUAGAGAGGAUGUGGUGGAAGAAUUCAAUAAGUUAGCACAAGACGAGUGUAGAUGAGUAUGUGGAAAGAUUUGAAGAACUCAAAUCUUUAAUAAAUGCUUUGAACUUUUCCCUCUAAGAAUCAUGUUAUAUUUCAAGCUUUGUAAAGGAUGAUAUCAGACCAAUGUUGAAGAUCCUCAAAACUACAAUGCUGGUACAAGUAUAUAUUUGAACAA